AUGGCAACCGCUAUCACGCCCUCUCGAAUUUCGACAGCUUCGCUUACAGCCUCCUUGAAAACAACAAUCACUCGGCCGGCUGAGCUGAGAGCUCGUCAAAUUGACACGAUUUGUGGAUAUGCUUCUACAGCAGGUGUCACGUAUAGUCUGUACUGUCCAGACAACGUGCCUUGUGUCACAGACUCGGACACGUCCCCCGCCCUUGCCUACUGCUCUUACCCUGGAGCCCUCCCUAUAAGCACGGCAAUUGCGUAUGGGUAUUGGCCAGAUUAUGAUUGUGCUAUCACACCCUUGGCAGGGUAUAUGUGUUGUGGAGAUGUCCUGCCUAAUCCUGGAUACUACUACUGGGACUCCGGGGCCACCAUCGGAGCGGCUUGCAUGCCAGCCGGCGUCACCAGCAUGACCGCUGUGAAGGCGUUAGGCGUGGCCACAUCGAACCCGGCUUCCUCAGUUGAACAAGCUCCAACCACGACCCAGCCGCCGCAGCCCCCUCCUAGUGAGAGCGAUGGCCUCUCCACCACGGCGAAGAUAGGAACAGUGGUGGGCACCAUAAUUGGUUUCUUCUCCCUGGUAGUCACCAUCGUCAUUGGCAUUAUUGGUUGUAAGAAGAAGAGGGACAACACUACGUGGACCCAAGCUGCCAAAAGCACAAAGAUUAUUGGGUGCUGCAACAGCUCCCGUGCCGGAGACGACCACUCCAGAAAUUCACACGUUGAAUACGGCCCCGGAGACAACUACCACUACGACCGAGUGCCCGGACGUCAUUCGUAUCCAAUGAAAGGCUAUACCUACCAAGCGUAA